AGCAAAGAAUGGAUUAUCGCAGAAAACCACAAUCCCUUCAUCGUUAGAGAACUGGGAUACUGAUAACGAACAAACAACACGGCAGGAAGAAGUCGCCAAAAAAGACUUACUCCAAGGCCAUUCAUCCCUUAAAUUUGCAUACGAGGGCGAUGUCUUAAAAAAACUUGGAGUUUUUGUCUUCGGAAAGGUAAUGCGUCGACAUAUGGGUAGUUCAGAGUCUUCAAGAGCUACGAUGAUUGAAGACAAUAAGAGUUGUUGCUGCUUCGAUUGCAGCAAGCCCAAUAAGAAGGUGAAAAACUUGCAAAAGAAAUUCGGAUAGUUUCGGACACAAAUGUCAGUAGUAAGAUCUCAGAGAUUGCACUUAAGGUUCUAGAAUGCAGUUUAUUGCAUCCUGUACUUGAUUUACAAGAGAAGGAAACAGAAGUUGCUGGACAAAUAGAAGAAGAUGUUCAGAUAUAAAACCAAGGUGUUCUUGGAGGGAUCUCCACUCUUGACUCCUCAACAACAACAACAUUAACUAAAUGGGCAUGAUGACAAACAUCACAUGAACAUCCAUUCUCAAUCCAUACAGGCCAAAAUUAUUGAUCAAAGACACAAAUAAAGACAAUCAGUGAGAAUAUACUUGUAAUAAAAAUUGCAUGACAAAGGUAAAUCUCAACCCUUAAUUCACUUAGAUUCGCAACUCACAUUGCCCAAGAUCCAGAAGAUUAGUUAGAGCUCCUUUGCGAACAUUCAGCCCUUGAGGUUCGCAAAGGGAGAGGAGUAGAAAUCCCCCAGAUGCUCGACCUAUCUAAAAAUAUCUCAUCAAACAGAAAACAGUCCUUGUGCCAUCCAACAUUCUCCUUACUUAAAUCAUCUAACUUCGAGAAACCCUAUUGACACUAUCAUCCAAUCGUCUUUCAGCAGAACACCACGACCAGUAACAAAGAGCAUUUCAUCUGAAUUACUCACUUAAAAACACUAAUUUCAUUAAAGAAAGAAUACAGCUGCCACAUUAAAGGGAUUAGUUUGA